GCCUGAAUAUCACAGUCUUAGCAUGACCUCUACUGCAGUUGAAAAUACAGUGGAAGAGAGGUAGAAUCAAGUGAUUGUUGGCGAUGCUCAACCUCAUUACAGUAAGGUGAUGCUUUGCUAGAGGACAUACACAAUCACUUUUCGCCCCACCAUUGCAAAAGAGGUCUUAUGUGCUCCGAGCCGCUCGAUUUCCGACAAGGGGUGCUCAGUGUGACAGUUGUCGGGCAGCCUGUUUCAGCACCGCUGCAUCAACAUGGGGGUGAUUGGCGUGCAGCUGGUGGUUACUAUGAUAAUGGCCAGUGUCAUUCAGAAAAUCAUACCUCAUUACUCCUUCGCAAGGUGGCUACUCUGCAGUGGCAGUCUGCGAUGGUAUCAGCACCCUACAGAAGAUGAGUUGAGGAGCUUAGCUGGGAAACAACAAAAAGGACAGAAGAAGAAAGAAAGGAAGGGUUACAAUGGUCACAUAGACAACAAGCCGCUCAGCAUUCCCAAGGACAUAGAUCUACAGCUGGAGACCAAGUACAUCACGGAGGUGGACACGUUAGCGCUCCACUAUUUCCCAGAGUUCCAGUGGCUGGUGGACUUCACGGUGGCGGCCACGGUGGUGUACCUGAUCACGGAGCUGUACUACAGCGUGGCCCAGCCCUCGGGAGAGAUGAACAUCAGUGUGGUCUGGUGCCUGCUGGUGCUGGCCUUCGUCAUCAAGAGCCUUUUCUCUCUGACGGCUCACUACUUUAAGCUGGAGGAGGGAGGCGAGCGCUCGCUCUGCAUCACUUUCGGCUUUUUCUUCUUCGUCAAAGCCAUGGCCAUCCUCAUCGUCACCGAGAACUACUUAGAGUUCGGCCUGGAGAACGGUUUCGCCAACUUCUCCAACAGUGCUCUGCAGUUCCUAGAACACCAAGGCCUGGAUUCUCAGGGUCCCAUAUCGAAACUGACCUUCAAACUUGUCCUCGCCCUGCUCUGCUCUCUGAUUGGAGCCUUUCUUACUUUCCCUGGCCUGCGAUUGGCCCAAAUGCACCUUGAUGCACUCAACUUGACCACAGCCAAAGUAACACAAACUCUGCUUCAUAUCAACUUCCUGUCCCCUCUCAUCAUGGUCCUGCUGUGGGUGAGGCCCAUCACCAAGGACUACAUAAUGAACCCCACGCUGGGGAAGGAGAGUGUGCCUUUCAUGACGGAGCAGACCUACGACACCCUGCGUCUGUGGGCCGUGCUGCUGCUGUGCGCGCUGCGGCUGGCCAUGAUGAGGCACCACCUGCAGGCCUACCUCAACCUGGCCCAGAAGGGCGUGGAGCAGAUGAAGAAGGAGGCGGGGCGCAUCAGCGCCGUCGACCUGCAGAAGAUGGUCGCACGAGUGUUUUAUUAUUUGUGUGUGAUCGCACUACAGUACGUGGCACCGCUUGUGAUGCUGCUACAUUCCACGUUGCUGCUAAAAACCUUGGGGGGAUACUCCUGGUGGGUCUACCCUCAAGAAGACCUGCCCUGCCUCCACGAAAUGAACUUUGACCCCGCCGUCGUGGAGGCGGCGCCGAGCACGGAGGCGGCGCCGGACGGGGUGGUGGAGGGCGCCCGGGCCUCGGUGGCCCAGCUCUCGGUGGCCCUGGGCGGUCUCCGGACUGUCUUCAGCCCCUUGCUCUUCCGGGGCCUGCUCUCGUUCCUCACGUGGUGGAUCGCCGCCUGCCUCUUCUCCACCUCCCUCUUCGGCCUCUUCUACCACCAGUAUCUGAUGGCGGCGUAGCCCGGCGGCGGCCGAGGGCUGCGGAGACAGGACUGCCCGGGAGGAACCGGGUUCCCCCAGUGAGGACUCGUCGGCUCUUUUAAACAUGCUCCCUCCUCCCCCAUCCCCUCCCCCCACCCCCCCCCCCCUCCCCAUCCUCCACCCCUGUCAUAUCGCGAAGACCUUCGGUUCCUACUCCCAGUGCUUCCGUCGCAGAUGAACUUUGAACUUUUUGUCAUGUUUUUUUUUUUUUUUUACUACUACUUCUUCGACUACCUUUUUAUUUAAAGACCAGUAUUCACAAACUUUUAAUUAACUGUUUUAGUAGUAUUAAUAUGAAUGACAACAGUAAUGUUAAACAUUAACGUGUCGUUGUUUGGGACAGUGGCGUGAAUUUGGCAAAGUUUGCUUAUCAUAAAUGAAGACCACAUUUGAUGUGAGGCAUCAUUCAACGUGUUGUAUCAUGUGGCGGAGUAACAUGUCCGACAGCCACUUAACCAAAACGAGCACAAAUCGGUUCAAACAAUCCUGUCGGCCCAUUUAAAACACCCUGGUUUGUUUUCAAAGGUGGGAUAACAUUGGGGUCUGGUUCGACCUUACCUACUUUUGCACUGCUGUCCCAAUGUGCGUACAGUUGUUUAUGUAACCGUCUUAAAGUGAAGCAACGGCGAUAUGUGUGGUGGCCCAGCACAUCGGUCAGAGAUGAGGGGUAGGAGGAGGUCUGGGGAUGCCUGUGGAGGUUUCCAGAACGACUGAAGAGGGACAAGCUGCCAGUGGAGUGCCCCAGUGGAGGUCGGUCUGGCAUGGACCAUGGGCCCGUCCACUGUGGCCACCAGAGACCCUCAACUUGUGGGAGAGUGUGGAUUAACUUGAAAGCCAACUAUAACAUGUCUAAAGUCAACUUGCUGCCCAACGAAACAAGAGUUUUUUUUUUAUUCAUUGCAACUUGUUGGAUGUGGAUGUUUGUUUGUUUGUUUGUUUUUUUUCGUUCAGUUUCCCCCUUGAAUUCACUCCGGCUUCAGAUGAGCCACACUAACGAGGGUACUUUUAGUUUUUCAGCUCCCUUUGGUGCAGAAAUAACAGGGCAAAAAUGGGGGACUGCACCCAGGCCCUGUUGAAGGAAUGUUUGUGUGGUCUGGGUGCAAGUGAGAUCUCUAUACUGUAGGGCUGCUGUACUCGUUAAAAGGGCAUUGUGAUCAAAAGGAGCGGGUGUCCACUACUGCAGAUCGCUAGCGCAUCGACACUCUCCCUUUCUGUUUCUCUUUUCUUUUCUUUUUUUCAAUCUCCCAUCUCUCUUUUAGAGCCAGUUUAGAACAACAAACGACGCAGUAUAUACCGGUAGUUGAUUUUCAAAGGUCCUUUGAUUGCGAAAUAGUGCCAAGUCUCAUAUGUCUGUUCAGUGUGGAUUUGGGGUCGGCUCAUAUUUGACAACACAACACAACCCUGCGGCCUUCUGUUUAAUCGGAGAUGCUCUUUAUUACUUGCUCUUUAAUCAGCGGCUCUUGUUUGCAUCGGGACAUGCAUGCCUCCAUGAAGAAUCAACUUGUAUCUACUAUAAAUGUUUGUAUCUUGCUGUCGACAAUUGCCUGUCAAAUGUGAUUGUCGAGACUGUCGUCGGAUGGUAACCAAGUGGAGCACUGAUCACUCAAAACGUUUGGUUUCCUACUGAUUUUUUUUCUUUUUGUUUCACUAAGGGUCAACGUGUCAAGACUUGAUGAAUUCCAUUGUUUUGCUUUUUUUCUGGUGAAUGAUGUACAGAUUGCAUUUAACAGUCCGACGGCGCCAUAUCCUCUCCAUUGCCCUCGUUUUAAAGAGCUUUCUACUAAGUCUUAUAUAGACUUCUUGUCUUAUGUUUUGAAGAUGAGGAGUAUGCACAUAAUGAAUGUAUCGGUUCUGUUUGAUUCCUAAAUUUGAAAAUGAUUUGACUAUUUCGAUUCUUUCUUUUGUUGAGAACUGCACAUCCUAAACUCUCUGAAAACCCUCCCCCCCCCCCCCCCCCUAAUAUUUUUUCCGAAACUACAUGAUCAUCUGAUUUGCUCAACCAAUACACAAUUUGAUUCAUGAUUACUUUCUAACUUUUACUUUCUAAUGUUUGACCUUUUUGCAGUUGUGUAUUUUGAGGCCUGUAUACAUUUCAGAUUUUUACCAGGGAAAUAUUUUAUAUUAUGUUGGAGUGCAUGGCAAGAUUAUUCAAGACUGAUUUGAGGAAAAAUAAUAAUAUUUUAGGAUGUUCAAUCGUCCAUGGAGAAGCGGCUAGCGUACUUGCAGAAUUGAUUCAGCUGGCCGGGCAAUGACCUGAUGGGAGUAUUUUUGCUGUUUUUGUUUUAUUUUUCAUUGUUGGAUUAAUAUGGUCAAUUGCAGAUUUCUUAUUCUUUGUAUUUAUUUCAGGUUUAGAUUGUCUUUAAUAAAUUAAGUUCUUUACAA